GCCAUCCAGACUGAGAGGGCCCAAUGGAAAGAUCUUCUAAGAAAGACUACGAGUGGCUGAUAUCGAGGCGGAGAACAGCGUAUGAGAUAUUGGAAAUUGAAAAAAAUGCCACUCAAUCUGACAUCCGAAGGGCUUAUCGAAUGAGAGCAUUAGUGGUUCAUCCUGACAAAAAUAAAACAAUAAAUGCAGAUGAAACGUUCAGAGAGGUAGUUGUCAGCUAUAAUGUGUUAUCUGAUCUAGAUCUGAAGGGACAGUAUGAUAAAUAUUUGCUGGACCAAGCCAAAGUUUUGAACUCCGAGGAGAAAGUGAACAAAGUUAACAAAAGCUUCCAAGCAUCUAGGUUUCGGACUGAAUUGAAAAACAAGGAAAACCAGCAUCGAUCAGAGGUUGAGCUGGAAGCGACCAAGAGACGGAAGAUUGAUGAGCUUUCUGAAUGGUACGAUGAUUACGUGAAGAAACAGUCAAGAGGAAUCUCCAAGUUUCAAAAAUUUCCGGAUGGGCAACACAGUAAAUACACAAAAAGAAGCAUUUUUCCUACGCUUACACUGAUAAAAUGGAAAAAUAGGAAAGGAGUAGAAUUUGACAAGUCUCUGAUAAUGAAAUUGAUGGGAGUUUUUGGUACAGUUGUCAAGGUUUCGGUAACGGAAACUAACAAAGCUAACAACUAUCAUUAUGCCCAAGUUGAAUUCAAAUCACCUGCAGCAGCCGCUCUUGCUGCUACUCAUGACUUUUCUGUAACUGCGGAUUAUUGGGAUGCAUUGAACCUGCGGAAAAUCUCGAGUCUUUUGAGAGAUGUCCAGUUGGUAGACUACGACAGCAAUGUUACUGACCAACUCAAUGAACGCAAAUUGUCCUCCUCAGACUACAUAGCUUAUAGUAUUAUGAAAAGUCAAUACGUGUAA